GGCUUCCUGGUUUCUCAUUGGUGGAGCGCGCUGUCUGUAAAGUCAUAUCCGCCUCUUGCUCUGUUUGGUUGGAUCUAUCUGCUACCCUUUCUCUCGGCGGUGGGUCGGAGCCGCUGUCCCUGGCCUCGCAUGUUCCCCUCUAAAUUCCUGUUUUGAAUUCGAUGCCCCUAUUGUAGAUUUGAUCCGUUUACACGCCUCUGUAAGGCCACAGUCAGGCGUCCAUACACCGGUGUUUUAUUUGUCCCAGUAACGUUAUUUGUCGUUUAAAGACUUUAACCCGAACAUGGCUGUGGUGAGCGGAUCGUCUGGGCCGGUUGCCCGGCUUGAGGGCCGUGAAUUCGAAUACAUGAUGAAAAAGCGCUCGGUGACCAUCGGCCGGAACUCGUCUCAGGGCUCCGUGGACGUGAGUAUGGGCCACUCCAGCUUCAUCUCCCGGAGGCAUCUGGAGAUAUUCACCGCCAGCGACGACGGAACCGGUAGCGGGGAUUUCUACCUGAGGUGUCUCGGUAAAAACGGGGUGUUUGUAGAUGGAGUGUUCCUCAGACGGGGCGCCCCUCCUCUGCAGCUACCACGAAUGUGCACUUUCAGGUUCCCCAGCACAAACAUCAAGAUCACUUUCACAGCGCUGUCCAGUGGGAAGAAAGUGAAGCGCGAAGCUCCCGAGUCCCCAGUGAAACCAGUACAGCCCCAGAUCUCCCCCCUGACCAUCAACAUUCCAGACAACAUCGCUCACCUAAUGAGCCCCCUGCCAUCGCCCACUGGCACCAUUAGUGCUGCUAACUCGUGCCCCUCCAGCCCGCGGGGCGCCGGCUCUUCAAGCUACAGGAUGGGCGGGCGCAUGGUCAGCUCUGCAGAGCUGCAGCUCAUGAAUGACAACUCCCAGCCUGAGAACGACAAAGACGCCUCUGGAGGAGACAGUCCCAAGGAUGACUCAAAACCUCCGUACUCCUAUGCACAGCUGAUAGUCCAGGCCAUAACGCUGGCUCCGGACAAGCAGCUCACACUAAAUGGCAUCUACAAUCACAUCACAAAAAACUACCCCUACUACAGGACCGCAGACAAGGGCUGGCAGAACUCGAUCCGUCACAACCUGUCGUUGAACCGUUACUUCAUCAAAGUGGCGCGGUCGCAGGAGGAGCCAGGCAAAGGCUCGUUCUGGAGGAUAGACCCGUCCUCGGAGGGCAAGCUCAUCGAGCAGGCCUUCAGGAAACGAAGGCCCCGGGGCGUGCCCUGCUUCCGGACCCCACACGGACCCCUCUCCUCCAGGAGUGCCCCGGCGUCUCCCAAUCACUCUGGGGUUCUCUCCGCUCACUCCAGUGGCGUCCAGACCCCCGACAGCCUAUCACGAGAGGGCUCCCCGGUUCCCCUGGAGCUGGAGACCUCCUCGGCUCCUGCCCCGGCGUCCACCACGGUGGUCCAGCCCAAACUGGCAGUCAUCCAGGAAGCACGCUUUGCACAAAACACACCAGGCUCGCCUGUUAACAACCAGCCGGUACUCAUAGCAGUCCAGCGUCAGUUACCUCAAAACAUGAAGCCAGUGACCUACACCAUGGCCUCCCCAGUGAGCACCAGCACCUCCCAGCCUGCUGUCCAGACGGUCCACGUCCUGCAGCAGAUCCCGGCCGGGUCCCUCAGCUCGGCCGCCGUCAUCGCCCAGCCAGCCGCCAUCAUCAAGAGCGAGCCACAGGAGAACGGAGAGCGCACAGGGCUCAAAGUCAAAGUGGAGACGGUUCCCACCAUCACCUCUAUAGGCGGCUCCAGUCGCAUCAUCCAGACCUCCCAGUCUGGCACCGCCCUGCAGACUGUUACCAUAGUGCAGCAGGCGCCCAUGGGUCAGCACCAGCUGCCUAUAAAGGCCAUCACACAGAACGGCACCCACAGCAUCACCACUGCCAUCCAUGGACCCGCCAGCUCAGCUGUGGCGAGCCCCCUCCACCUGCUGGCAGCCCACGCCUCGGCCUCGGCCUCCCUCCCCACCAAGCGACAGAACGGGGACCAGGCGGCCAGCGAACAGCCCGACGCCAAGCGCAUCAAAUCAGAGGAGGAGGCGGCGUCGAUCCCUGUCACCGCGGCGGACUCGGACUCGCCGGCAGCUAACGACCCAGGCCUCAACUAGUCUGUACAACCACACACCACACAACCCUGCCCCCACCACCACCACCACCUUCUCCUCCCCCCACAGUUUUUCUCUCUCUCUCUCACUUCCCCCGGUUGUUUCUUUUGUUUCUCCUCCUUCCUACCACUGACUCCUGAGGUGCCAAACGGAGAGGAUUCUUUUUAGUUUUUUCAGUUUGGAUUUAUCGGUUCUAGAACAACACAAGAAAAUGAAAAUAAUGUCCACCCCUUUAAAGACUGGAAUGUGGGUUGAGAACAAAAUAAAGCAACGGGACAAAGAUGAACUUGAAGGUGUCCCCUGUGAGCCACUAAAACAGGAGAGUGACUAAAAAAAAAAAACCAAGACCACAGGAAGCCUUAACAACAAUUAACCCUUAAGAGCUGACCGUUAUCGGGGAGAGGCGCUGCCUCGGCUCGGGCCGGGCGCCAACCUUUCUGUCGUAUCUACCUCAGCAGAUAGGAAACUCUGGCAGCCGCCGCGCCCCCACCCCCGGACCUGUCGGGACGGCUCUGGACGAUGUGACCAACCGGGCAACGAAUACGUAGAGCAUUCAACGGUUAAAAUAAACGACAACAAAAAAAAAAUCAAAUAAAACCAACGGUCAACGCAUUCAGAAAAGGGAUCAACUCGGAGCCAAUAUUCCUGAAACUCUGGCAGCUAGCCUCUCACAAUACUGACCUUCCUUUAUCGCAGCUGUACGUAGAUAUGCAGUAUUUUGUUGUUCAAAUGUGGAGCAUAGGAUUCAUUCUUUUUUUUUUCUUUUUUUUUUUUUAAAUGUAUUUUCACUUAUCUAGAUAAGUAAUAAUUUAAUUAAAAGGAAGCGUACAAAAUAAUGAGGUCGAUGACAUUUCGGUAACUAAGUUAGAAUUCUCACCUUUUUUUUUAUGUGGACUUCCUUUUCUGUUCGGUGAUAAUAGUUUUUCGUAAUAUUUGUUUCUCUUCCCCUCGUUCUGACAUAUCCGUAUGAAAUUUGCUUAGUUAUACCUACAUAUUUUAAUACUUGCACAGAUAACCGAUAUAAGCAUAUGAAAUCUCCAUGUGUAGUUCCAGAUGUUGACCUUGCAUGUAUCCGACAACACAGGAGUUGUUAACUGUAAAUUGAACAGAGGGAAAAAUAGACCCGCUUUGUCCAAACCAGACCUGCACUUGAUUAAAUGUUUGUGUUUUCAUUUCCCUUCUUUUUUUUCCCACCCUUCUUCUUCUUCUUCUUCUUCUUUUUUCCCCACCCUUCUUCUUUUUUUCCCCCCCACCCUUCUUCUUCUUCUUCUUCUUCUUCUUCUUCUUCUUCUUCUUCUUCUUCUUCUCGUCCCUCCCGGCUUUGUUGACGUUGUGGUGUUGGCAGACCUCCCCUUUGCUUGAUUAUUUUACUCUGUUCUGGCAACCUGGCGAGUCUGUUUUCUGAUUGUACACGUUCCAAACAAUAGCAAAAGAAGAAAAAAUAAUCGAUGUUUGUUCUGCUUCAGUGGAGAAAUGCUUUUUUUUUAAAUAAAUUAAUUUAAAGCCCU